AUGCUGUUGAGGACAGGUAUCUUGGCGGCUUUUGCGAUAGUGGCAGGGGCAGAGUCAAUUUUUGAUAUAAAUUCAACGGCACUCACCCAGUGGCUCGCUACAACGCCAAAAUGCUCGACGUCAUGCUUCUCCGAGCCACUCUCAUCCGGAAGAUGCCAACUUAACGGAAUUGCGAAAUGCGCCUGUACGAACGACGAAAUCCAACUUCGAGUCUCUACUUGUGUACAGCUAUCCUGUGACUUUCCUGAUCAAGUCGAGGCUUCACGAAAGUCCCAGAUUCUGUGUUAUGAAUACCCAAAUAAUAACCAAAAGGGAAAUGCUCCUCUAUAUGCUAUCGCGCUACCUUCUAUCACAUCGGUCAUUGUAUUAUUAAGAUGUUUCGCUCGUUGGAUCGUUGCCCGUCAGUUGUGGUGGGACGACUAUGUCACAUUACUGGCCUUGGUCUUACUUGGUGUUCUUUCAGCAUGUGGUUUGGCCAUCGUUGCUCUGGGGUUUGGGAAGCAUUACUGGGCCAUCAACCCCGAUUCAGCAAAGACGCUUCUACAGUCGUUCUACGUUAUGCAAAUUUUUUAUGUUCUUUUGAAUGUUACCGCAAAAAUCGCAAUCUGCUGUUUUUACAUCCGAAUUUUCCCCAAACAACGAUUCCAGCUGGUUACGAAGGCCGUUAUCGGUCUGCUUAUCGUCCGCGGUCUUGUUAUCGUCUUCCUAAUCUCGUUUCAAUGCGUCCCGAUUACUGCGAUCUGGGAUAAGUCGGCUCAAGGAAAGUGUCUUAACCUGACGGCUAUCGGGUAUGCGGGUGCUGCCGCUAGUAUUACCGAGGAUGUGGUAUUACUUAUUAUGCCGAUCCCAGAGCUUCUACAUUUACAGCUUGGCCUGAAGAAGAAGCUGGGCCUAGUCCUUAUGUUCUGUCUCGGCUCCUUUGGGUGCAUUGCAAGCAUCGUUCGACUAAAGUACCUGGUCUCUUUUGCAUAUAGCUUCGACCCAACAUGGGACAACUCAGACAUCAUCAGCUGGAGUGGCAUCGAGGUCAACGUUGCUAUCAUUUGCGGUAGCUUGCCAGCAUUGCGGGUCCUGUUUCAGUAUCUACCAAACCCUUUUACCACAAGUGAGAAAGCUGGAAGUGAGAGUAUUCACUCUCUGCAAAGAGUAACAGAACAAGAAUUAAGUAAGGCUUGA